CUCCCGAGCCCGGGCCGGGCGGCGGCCGCGAAGUCCCGCCUAGUUCUUGGUUUUGUCCCGUCCCGUCCUGUCUCGUCCCGCCGCGGCCGGCUGAGGGGAAAGGGGGAACGAUGAGCGACCCGGCGGUGUGCUGCUUCCUCACUAAGACCCUGUGCGCCUACGGCGGGCAGCUGGGGCUGCCGGAGCUGCGGCGGCACAUCGGUCUCUCGGCGCAGCAGCUGGAGCAGACGCUGUCGGCGGCGGGCCCGCAGCGGUUCCUGGUGCUGCGGGACGGCGACAGGGCGCGGGUCCUGGCCCUCUCGGCCGUGCGGCUCUGCGUGCGCAAGGAGUGCGGCGGCUGCGAGCGGCUGCACCUCUGCAAGCUCCACCUCAUGGGCAGGUGCAACCUGGGGCCCAGAUCUUGUAAGUACUCACAUGACAUCAUCAAUGCUGAGAACAAAAAAGUUCUAAAGACCCAUGAGUUGUCUGGCCUUGAUGAGAAUGAGCUGCGAGUCCUGCUUCUCCAAAAUGACCCUUUCCUCCUCCCUGAUGCCUGUCAAUUUUACAACAGAAGGGAUGAUAGCUGCAACGAGCAAAACAACUGCAACAGGCUUCAUAUUUGUCGACACUUUCUCCAAGGGGAAUGCAGAUUUUUUCCAUGCAAGAAGUCCCAUAACCUCUUGGGUACCCAAGCAUUGAGAGUGUUGGAAACUGGAGGCAUUGAUGUGAACAUGGCGUCAAACAUCCAGACUGUGUAUGAUCACAAGCAUGAGGAAUUCAAGAAGGAACUGAAGAAGGGGAGAAUACACAACUACAAACCAAGAGAAAAUGUAAUGAAAAAAACGGCAGUUACAGGGAGUAAAGAACAGUUUGGAGUGGGCUCCACACUCCACAUGCCACCUUCAGAAGGUCCCAGUAACAAAGUACGUGGUCAGAGCCAACCCCAGUUGCCAGCAGGAGCUGAAGGUAAAGACAAAGAUAAAAAAGACAAUUACUCUGCUAAAGCUUCAAAGAACAACAAAGAAGAUAAGUCUGAUGACAUAUGUGUGUUCUAUGUCUGGCGGUACUGCAAACAUAAAGAUAAAUGCAGAUUUGUUCAUUACCACUUGCCCUACCGAUGGCAAGUAUAUAAUGGGAUCAACUGGAAUGACCUUUCCAUGAUGGAGGAAAUUGAAAAGGCCUAUUGUGACCCAAAGAACAUCAGGAUAGCAGAUAAGAGCAUUGAUUUCCAAAGAAUGACCUGCUGUUCUUCUUCACUUCGACGCCUCUCUACACCAUCAUCAGUCUCAAAACCCUCAUUUGUAUUGACCACGCAGUGGAUUUGGUAUUGGAAGAAUGACCAAGGCCAGUGGAUUGAGUAUGGAGAAAAGGGAGAAGGGGAUAGUGUGAACUCACCAUCUUCUACUGUUAUUGAGAAUUUGUAUCUAGCAGAUCCAGAUACCACCAUAUCUUUCCCGGCUGGCUUGUAUUAUUACGAGCUCAAUUUUAAAGAAAUGAUCCAGACAAACAUCUCUUUUAAAACUCGAAGACAGGUCUGCAGGCGGCCAAAGUUUGUGUCUUCUGAAGAUGUGCAGAAGAUAAAGAAGGGCCAGAGGGAUUCUUCUAUUCCAAAUCAAGCCUGUCCUAACCACUGGGAUCAAUCGGCGCUGCCUGACUUAGGAUACAAGGCAGUGGAGGUCAGUAGUACAACCUCUGAAUACAACAGAAUAAAGCAUCUGUUUCAUCAGACUAUGAAAAACUACAAGAUCCUUAAAAUACAGAGGAUUCAGAAUCCAUCCCUCUGGAAAGUGUUUCAGUGGCAAAAGGAGCAGAUGAAAAGGGAAAAUGGAGGGAAGGAAGUAAAUGAAAAGCUCCUGUUCCAUGGAACCAAGACGUCCUUUGUGGAAGCCAUCUGUGUUCACAACUUUGACUGGAGAAUUUGUGGAAGCAAUGGAACUAACUAUGGAAAGGGAAGCUACUUUGCUAGAGAUGCUUCCUACUCCCAUAGAUACUGUCAGCCUGCGGUGAAAACAAACAUCAUGUUUGUGGCUCGUGUAUUGGUUGGAGAGUAUGUGAAAGGCUGCACAACCUACGUUCGUCCCCCAGCAAAGUCUAUUGAUGGGCUUCGGUUUUAUGACAGCUGUGUGGACAACGAGUUAAAUCCCUCCAUUUUUGUUGUCUUUGAAAAAUACCAGAUAUACCCAGAGUAUAAAAUAGAGUAUAAAGAGGAAGAAGAAAAAUGUCUUGUAUCUUAGAGGAAUCAGAGCUGUCUGUAUUCCUCAUCUUGUUUUCCGUAUUGCAGGUAUUCUCAUACUUAGUGACUUCGUUCUUCUUAAUACAAUCAUUUGGAAUGUUAAUCCAAAGAAUUCCUGUAUUGAGGAGGGUUUGCAAAACAGAUGUUGUACUUGUUGAGACUAGUUGCCUUGUCUUCUCCUCUUCUUCUCUUAAAUGAAGCGUAGACAUUUAGAUAACCGUAGCAGAAAAAAUCAGAAUCAUGGGAUGGGAAAUCGAAUGUUAUGACUUCUGUGGACAAAUAAUUAUAAAUGCAUUUCCUUAGAAAUACAGUUGAGAAGAUUUCUCUUUGCAAACUGUUCAGUUAAGAGAUAAAUUAACAGUACAGUAGUUUUUAAGCAAACUUUGAGGUUUUUAGUAGUCAAAGAUUCUUUUUAGUGCAGAAUACGGCUGUUACUGAUCCUCUCAUCUACCACAAUUCUAAACAAGUCAGCGUAUGUAAGAAUGACUUGACUUAGUUUUCGAAGUGCAGCUUGUUAAUGCUGAUACUAAUUUCAAGUUUAAAAUGGUAAAAUGAGGAAAUGAAAAGCUUAUUUUAAAUCGGUUGUAAGUUCUCGAGUGGAGAAGUUUCAUCUGUACAAUGGCAGGUACCGUUUGGAUCAGAAAACUGUUGGAUCGAAUUCUUUUUGCAGAUCUGCAGUAACUUGCUGCAUGACCUCUACGAAAUAGAGCUCAAGUGAACUGUGAAAGUCACAACCUAUGAAUAAGCAGGUACUAAAAUUUGGCAGUUUGGCUGCAACUAAUGGCCGUAAGUAUUUACAGGCUGUGUCACAAGUGAAUGUGGCCACGUAUUUUCUCAAUGUGAACAUUUGCUUAGCAAAUGCUAAGGGACAGAAGAAACAUCUCUAGAAGCAUUGAUAUUUUCUGUCCUACUUUUAUACGUUAAUUUUCGUUCUUCCAGAAAUAUGACAUGACUGGAAGAGAUCAGUUAUGUUCUCUCGAGGCCAGUGGUAGAACUGCUGUCCUAAGACACUUUGUAAACGUGUUUUGUUGCCCACAUUGCCUUGGGCAACUCACUGAGAACUCACAAAUGUAGUUCCUCUUCGUGUUUUGAGGUCGCUGUGCGUGAUCCUGGAUACUGCUUCCCUGGGUCAGUUUUUUGAUACACUUGCCUUGUCUUUGUCAGUGAUGUACAACCCUACUAACAGUGGUUAAGCCCUUUUUUUUUAGUGAGUUCCAUGCUUUUUAUUGUCCCAAAAAGAAAAUACAGAAACUUAAGAGUUCCUAUUUCUAAUGAAUUUUAGUAUGGAAUUUGUAAGUUAAUCGAACAGAAGACCCUCUGUACAAAGAUGUCUUACUCAGGCAGUCUAGUUGUUGAGGGAAACUGUUGCUGAGGACAGAGGAGCAGUAAUUUUUGCUUUCAGAUAAGCUUUACAGUAACACAAAUAGCCUCCCAGUUAUUUUUAUUGCCGAUACUAACCUGUGAACCACAUGUACUACUCGAAGUUUGCAAGUUACCAAGAGGACGAGGAAAAUAUAUAAAAACUAGGACAUCUUAUUAAAAUUACUGUCUUAGAAUUAAAUGAAAACAUGCAUCAGUAAUGCAUUAAAAGGGGACCAUUUUAUCACUUCUUAAGAUCUCGCUCACUUUUGUUUGCCUGUAGAGUUCCUGAAUCAUUGACUUUUACCAUAUUUACAAAUAAAAUAUGUUUUCACUCA